UGCCGUCCCCCUCCCACUCGCCAGCUGCAGCUCUCCGCGCGUCCCCAGCCUCACCCCUUUUCGGAGGCCCCCUCCUGUCGCGGCUCCCGAGCCCGGAAGUGGAUGUGGCCGCUUGGCAAAGAGGGCGAGGGGGAGGGAGAAGUGCUUCCGGGGAAACGGGCCCCGGGUUGGUGUUUGUAAACUUGCCUCGGUCCCGGCGCGAGCAGCGGCGGCCGCGGGCUUGGCACGGGGCGCCUGGGGCCUGGAGGGGGCGCCGCGCGGCGGAGGAGACAGCGGGAGACCGCGCCGGACAGGUUUCUGGAACAGACCUAGAGCUUCACCAAGAGAAUUCGACUUGGAAACCAAGACUGGUAGACUCUCGAUUCUUCCGGCAAGAAGCAGAAGUCAGAGAGAGACUACGGAUUUUUGGGACACCUGUUUUCCUUUUGGAGGACGCUAAGUUCUUUGGGAAGACAAGACAGUUCAGUAUGGCAACAGAACUGAAAGAACAGGAGGGAGAGCCGUUACUGUGAUUUGGUGACAGUUCUUCAAACAACAGUGUCCUAAGGAAAAUUGGAUAAAGAAUUUCUGAACUUGUUUUGGGUUCGUUAAGUGAGGAGUCAGCAUGGCUCAGGUAAAAAGCUCUAGCGUCCUCCUUCAAGACCGUUCACUGGGAAGCCUGUUUGCAGUGUCACUCUUGAAUUCUGCCUUAGUCAACAGUAUUGGCCAUCCCCAGUGAGCCGAGCUCUGUAUUAAGCACCAGGGGGAGAUCUAGAGGAAGGAAAGGAGACAGGCCACAGCCCCUGCCUUCAGGGAGCUUCCAGUCAAAUGAAGGAGGAAUUUUAUUGAGCUCCUGUUACAUGCAAGGCAUUGUGCUUGGAGUACAAAGAUGAAUAAGAUUGUCCUUGUCCCCCAGCAAGUCUUCUGGCUUGUGAAGGCCUAGCAGGUGUGAGUUUGGUUCCCACUGCAGCCAGCAAGAAGAUGAUGCUGAGUCAGAUUGCCAGCAAGCAGGCCGAAAAUGGCGAGCGGGCAGGUAGCCCCGAUGUGCUGAGGUGUUCCAGUCAGAUGGACUGUAAGCCUAGAUUUGAUUUGUCUUCAAAGGGCCACCGAAAAGACAGUGAUAAAUCCCGCAACCGCAAAGAUGAUGACAGCUUGGCUGAGGCCUCUCAUUCAAAAAAGACUGUUAAAAAGGUGGUGGUAGUGGAACAAAAUGGCUCUUUUCAAGUAAAGAUCCCCAAAAAUUUUAUUUGUGAACACUGCUUUGGAGCCUUUCGGAGCAGUUAUCACCUCAAGAGGCACGUCCUUAUCCACACUGGUGAGAAACCGUUUGAGUGUGACGUAUGUGAUAUGCGUUUCAUCCAGAAGUACCAUCUUGAACGCCACAAGCGGGUACACAGUGGCGAAAAGCCUUACCAGUGUGAACGAUGUCAUCAGUGUUUUUCUCGGACAGACCGGUUACUCAGACACAAACGGAUGUGCCAAGGAUGCCAGUCCAAGACUUCUGAUGGGCAGUUUUCUCUAUAGGCAGGAGGGGCCCUAGGUGGUGGGAGUGAUGAGGAGCGUCUCCUGAAGAGCAUGACCUUUGCUCUGACGUCCCACCACCACUCACUCUGGACCUGUCCCCCUUUCUAGAGGACUGGCCCCCGGCGAGCAGAAGAGCAUCUGAGGACAUCGGCUCCAGAGCCUCAGCUCUGUAACUAGUCUGGGACUAUGAGUGUCCCGGGGACACCUGCAGCAUUCCUGGGCAAGGGAGCUGGUCCCUGAACCUCAGCUGAGGUGAGGUGGGGACUCAGGUGCAGGACCAAGACUGAAGUGUUCCCACAACCUAGGACUGGAACUGGCAGCUAAAAUGGAAAGGACUGGGGAGGGGUAUUCGUUUGUUCUGCUCUUGUUUUUGUUUAUCCAAAAGCAGUUUCAGCAGGUAAACUGGAGACACAGGUAAUGUGGAGGGGUAAAGUCCUGAAGCACAGGGAGGACUGUGCUGGUCUGGCCGUUCCUGUUACCGUAGUCCCUCAGUGUUCCACAGCCCUGCACAGUACUUCCUCUUUGAAAGCAGGCAGGGCGGGGGCUGGCAGCUGAGCUUCCUUGGACUUCUUAUACACUGUGAGGACAAAAGGAGAAACUAGGAAGGACAGACGUGGGCUGGACAAGAAGAGUGGGCAUACCUUUUUUUAUCUCCUCAAGAAGAGCGGUGUUGUGCCACGGGCAUUCCCAUGGUUUGUGCAGCCCUGGGGCCUGAUGGGGUCAGCUCAAGUGCCUUGUGGAGGAAACUUGGGUGGGGUAGCCCAUGCAGCCCUUCUCUCUGGGCAGUCGGUCUUGGUUGUGGUUUGUGGCUACCUCGCUUGUCCUUGACUCCAGAACCCAGGCGGAGUUGAGCAGGGAGUUGUGUCUGAGUGGGCUGUCCUUUGUGCCCUCUUAGAACAAGGAUAGUCCAAAGUUUUGCUAACAACUGUGAGAACAAAGAUUGUGACAGUCCUGACUGACGUGCGUGAUAGAGCCCUCUCCCUGCUGGAAUCCUCCGCCUGUUCAAGUAGAGGAGAUGGAGGUCUGGUCUGGUCUUCAGUCUCAAAGAACCGACCUUGGCUCCCUCCUUGAUAGGCAUCCCUACAGAGUGGUGGUCGAGGAUGCUACAGAGGGAGAGAGGAUUGCAGGAAGACACCUAAUGUCUAUUUUGUUCUUGACCUUAACUCUGUUCCAACACCCUGUCCAUCUUGUCUUCCCCUGGAAUAGUGAUUGGAUUUGUUUGUAUGUCUGAUUUGUGAGUGCUUGUGUUUCUUUGCUUGGAAGGGAUGAGAAUUAUUGACCGAAAUUUAUUCGGCCACCAAGUUAGAGGACAGACAGACUUGAAGGACGUCUGUCUCCCAGAGCUCGCUGAGAACAAGGGAGCAGAGGGGCUUGUUCCAGAAGGGUGUUGAGGCUUUUGGUUGUUGUUAGGUUGAUUUAACAGUGUACUGGCCAUAGUGUUUCUAAGCCAGGGCUUCUGAACAUGUAUUUCCUAAAGUGAAAUAACACUCUUCCUGCUAAAGAGAGGAUUCUCAAGGGAGAUGUUGGGAUUUUGUUGAGCGCCACCCGCCCCGAGGCCUACUUCAGGUGUAAUCACUGGGUUACACCUGAGUGCACAGCUGCAGCUGCAGCUGUGGGUAGGACUCUGAGAUGGCGGCCUCCAGGAAGAAGUUCUUGACUUGCAAAUGAAAGCCAGGCAGCAACCUAUCCUAAGGUCUUUUCCAAUUUUGGGGGGGAUGGUCUGCCACAACUUCAGGGCAGAGGCACUAAACGGAAGAAGGGAGGGCGUCUCACCCUUCAGCUCUCCUCUGGUAGCACCUGAGAGGAGGUCUGAGGAACAUGCACUGCCGUGUGUCCUAGCUGUCUGCUGUCCCUCUGACAUGCUCUAGGACCUGUACCUCAGACCUUCAUCCACCACAUGGUCCCUGGGCAUCCGUGCGCAUGUCACACAGACCCUUUACUGUUAGAGGGUUCUGCUGGGCUGGGAUUUUUCUGUCAUAAAACUCUGGGAAAGAGGAUACAUUGAGAAAGAUAUCCUUCCAAAAAAUGCUUUUGAGAGUGGGGGUCCCUCUCUGCCACUUGAAGAUGAUCCGUUUGUGCUGAAAGUUGUAAGAGUGACCCGUGCCUCUGCAUGUAUGAAUGUGUGUACUGGGUCAGAGCAGACCCUGCAGACCAUGGCUGAGAGAAGUGAGAGAACUGAAUGUGUACAUACAGCUCAACCACACUUCCAAGGCCAGGUUUGAGAAGCUCAGAAGUUGGCAGUGGGUGAGGGCAGACAGGUUCUGGGGUGGAGGUAAUACAACAGCCCAGGAGCCACAUCUCUACCCAGGGAAUGCAGACAGCUGCAAAGGUUCCUGGGCCCGACGCCGCCUCUGCUGGGGUGGGUCGUUAGCACUGGACAGAUGUCUCAGGUGUGUGUGGAAGGGGACAUGAGGAGAAGGUGGGUGCUCAGACAUCAGGAUGUGGAUAUGGGGUUGGUGGGGAGAGUAAUACCAGUCCUAGGGUGGACUCCCACAUCAGGCCCUGCCAUCCUGCCCUUUCUGGUGCCUGCCCUUUCCGUCAGUCCGUCCGUCCAUCCCCAACAGCCUCUUGUCAUCAUUUAGCUACUGAUUGUACUUCAUGGCUUGACAUAGGGUUAGAGGAGUGCGGUGGCCACUCUCUCCCCGGGUUCCCUCUGCCCCUGCUAUGGCCCUGGGCUUUUAUCUUCAGUUCCCCUCCUGUCCUGCUCUAUUUUUUUUUUUUUAAAUAUACUUAUUUUGCUAUGGGGGAGGGGACUAUCGAAUGGACAAGAUCACUUUUAAUGUAGUUUUUAUAAGAUGUUAUAAACUCGUAUCUUUUUACCAUUAAAGUGCAGUGUAUGUUCCUUCGUGACACAUUUAGGAUAUUUAAAUAAAAAGGAUGGCGCUUUUCUACA